AUGAGUGUGAAGAAGACUGACGAAAAAUAUAUGCGGCGAAUCGAUGCAACUGUCAAGGAGCUUCGAGGAUGGGACUGGGGCGAUGUUGAGGAAAGAGAUCUUCAAAUGGUUGAAUGUUCCUUGCAUGAUGGCCACUACAUCAGAACGAUCACAGAUGUUCCUGACAACAAUUCUUUCGAUGAGAAGACAACACAAGCACAGUCUUCUACCUCCAGCCAGUACACACGAUUCCAACUUUCAAUAAGCCAUCACGUCGCUAUGGAGCCCAGCCGGAUUGAGGGGAGGGCCCUCACGCCUGUCUCUUUCCCCAUCAUCGAACAAAGCCAGGAAGUUGCAACAUCAAUCAGCGCUGAUCAUGCUGAUCAUGGAUUUCAUUCUUCAGACUCAGAUAGAUGGUCAUCUAGCACCGACGAGGCCACGCCUAUCCAGUUUCACUCUUAUGUGAUGCGAGUUGCUCUCAAGGCACUUAUCGACAGCCAAAUCACAGUUGUGGAAUAUGGCUCUCAAGUUCAAUACCGAUGUGGAUACAGAGAAGUACUCAUUCUUGCGGAGUGGGCUAUUCCCGAUGAACAGCUACAGGCUGCUUCACAGGCGCUGACAGAUGCUGGCUUCCCACGCAUAUCUGCCGAGCUGCAGAGAGAAUGUCAUGGUCUUUGGGGAACCGAGUCUCCGAGUCUCCGCCACAUGCUCUUGACGAGAGCGCCUGGAGACAUGUACACCUUUUGUCACUUUCGGUGGUUGGGCUUACAUUAG